AUGUCGGACGGCUUCUUGCCUGCACACGCUACAUCGGCAAAGGCGAAGAAGCACGCCCGCCAGCAGGCGUCGAAGCCGACCACCUCGUCCUCGACCGCCAAGGCAAAGGGAAAGGGAAAGGCAUCCGCUGCCUCGCCUGCGCCGCACCUCCUCUCGACUCAGCCGAGCCAGGGAGCGGAUGACAUGAUGGAGGAUUUUGAGCGGGUGCCGCUGGACGAGGGUGUCGAGCGGAGGAAGGCUGUCGGGGGUCAGGCGGUGGCUGCGGGAGAGGCGGACGCGGCGAUGGCCGUUGAAGAGGGUGCAGCAGGAACAGGAGGAGACGACGAAGACGACGCCGUCAUGAUCGACCCGUCGCAGCUGCCAACUCCCGUCGUCCGCACCCCGAUCGCCUCACUCGAAGCCAACGCUGCCGCUUCUUCCUCUUCCGACCCGAACUCGCUCUCUUUCGCUCCUGUUACACACCACAACGCGUCUGGCUUGACCCAGCGACGAAAGAUCUCGAUCCCGCCUCAUCGCAUGACCCCGCUCAAGCGCGACUGGAUCAAGAUCUACACGCCCUUGGUCGAGGAGUGCGGCUUGCAGGUUCGCAUGAACGUGCAGAAGCGUCAGAUUGAGAUGAAGACCUCGAAGCACACCCCUCAUCCUUCUGCUCUCACCCGCGCCGCCGACUUCCUCUCCGCCUACUGCCUCGGUUUCGCCGUCGAGGACGCCAUCGCGAUGCUCCGUAUGGAGGAGCUCUACAUCGAAUCCUUCGAAAUCAAGGACAUCAAGAUGCUCCACGGCGACCACCUCAGCCGCGCCAUCGGCCGCUUGGCAGGCCACGAAGGCAAAGCCCGCUUUGCCAUCGAGAACGCGACCCGCACACGCAUCGUCCUCGCCGACACCCGCAUCCACAUCCUCGGCACCUUCUCCAACAUCGCUGUCGCCCGGUCGUCUAUCUCUGCGCUUGUCCUGGGUUCGCCGCCUGGAAAGGUCUUUGCGAACCUGUCGAGGUACGCGAGCUUGCAGAGGUCGAGGUACUAG